CAUACAUAUGUCUUCGUAGAAUCCCAUGUUAAGAAUGACCGAGACACAGAGAAGUACAGCCACGUGUUAUCCAAUGAUACACGAUACCGCGAAAAUAUUCGCGGUUCUAACCGGCAAAUCAUGCCAUCCGGAAUCACGAGAACACAGCAUACUUCCCAGCGAAUACAUGAAGCAGAUGCUCAUGAGCUGUCAGGAGAGGAUCGGUUAUUUGCUGAAACCAGAUCGCAGUAUUGACGUACGAUCUUUGUCUGAUCAUUGCGAGAGCCAGUGUUUCGAGGUUUCACCCCGCAUCCUCCUCUUUCAACAAUUCGUGCCGGGCGACGUGUACAACACGACGCUCACGAUUCGGAACGUGACGAAAGCGUCGCGGCACUUGAAGAUCUCUCGUCACCCAGAUCCUUUUUUCUCCGUGGAAUAUAACGGAUCGAUUUGCCGUGGCAUGAUAGCACCAGGUCUCGUUCACGUCUAUAAUGUUAGAUUCAGCCCGAUGGAAAAGCGGGAUUACGAAUAUUGCAUCGCAUUCGUCAGCGACGUCGAGGUAUUCGCGGUACCAGUAAUCGGUGAAAUUAAUAUUGUUCCAGCGAUCGGCCCGAGACCGAUCUUAGAUAUUCCUGAUCGAAUCGAGAUACCGGAAACUGCGGUGAAAAUUCCCUCGUCGAAGACUAUCGCGGUGCGUAACGUGGGCGAUGCGCCGGCAAUCUUCAAUUUUUGCGUAAACAAUCCGUAUUUCUCCGUCGAGCCGUCGAAGGGUAUGCUAAGCAAAGGAGAGAUGAUGCAACUCACUGCGAAGUUUUUAUCCGAGAAAUCUGGCGAUCUUGAAGCAGAUCUUUUUCUUAAUUACGAGUCAGGAGAGAAAUUUUGCUUGACGUUGCGGAGCUCGGCGAUAAAUUGCACGAUCCAGAUUGAGAGAGACAGUAUCAAUAUGGAGGAAACUUAUUUAAGCUUGUCUAGAAGCAAGAUCUUGACUAUUCACAAUAGAAGCGACUACAUCGUGAGAUUUCAAUGGAUGCGUUUCAAAGACACCGAUACGGAUACACAGCGAAGAGAGGAAUACGAAAGAUUGUUUCAACUGGUGUACGAUAUGGAGGUGGUGCGACACGUCAAUCUCGUUUAUUACAAUAUUUGCCAGCCGGAUAUUCACGAGCUCGUUUGCCAACGGAUUUACGCCGACGAGAUUGCUUCGCUGAAGAAUGAAAACUUCCGUUAUAAUCAUACGUCGUUCCUUCUCAUGCCUGAGAGUGGUGAGAUUUGGCCGCAAUCCACCGCAGACAUUACAGUGAUUUUUCGAGCCACGAAAGUGGGAGAAAUAUCGAACGCCGCUUAUCUUGAGGUGACCGGUCGCGAGGACAGGAUACCCCUGAGCCUCCGCGGAACCGGCAAGGGACCAGUUCUCUAUCUCAAUGUGAUCACGAUCGACUUCAAGAAUAUUUUCCUGUGCUCCGUGCACAAUUACGAGAUUGUGGCGGUGAAUAAGGGACACAUUUGCGGUACGUUGAUUUAUAAAGCAAAACCGACAGACUUUGGGGGCGCUAUUAAUGUCACCCCAUCUGCUUUAACGCUGAACCCGGACGAGUACAAGUCAUUCAACUUAUCAUUCUCUUCAAACCGAAAGGGAGACUUCGUGGAGCGAGUUGACUUCGUAAUUAAAGAGAGUUUGGAAGUAGUGUCUUUGCAUGUCAACGUAUCCGUGAUGAAAGAUGGCGAUCAAGCGCCUAUUACUCGUGAGGAAUUCGCCAGAUCUGAGGCGAAACCAAGUUUCCCGAGUAAUCCUCGCGAGUUUACGAUCGAUCCACACAAAGGAGUGGUGCAAGCGCAUAGUUCACUCCAAUUAAACGUGACCUAUACAGCGAAUGUGGCUCGAUGUGGACGGUCAAUUAUUCGAGUCGAUAUGUGGGAUUCGGAUUCGGAUCCAGUAAUAUUACCGAUCUGGUUUUGUGGUGUCAUUCCUUCUCUUUCGAUUAAUCCCGCUGAGAUCUCCAUUCGAUUCUGUUUCAUCAAUUUCCCUUAUUCUCGUUCAAUUAACGUGGGGAACAAGUCCGAUUUGGAUGGAUACUUUUGCAUAAUACCGCAGAUGGUAUCUGAGGAUAUGCCCGUAAUAUAUUCAUUAUCAUGCUAUCAAGGUUUCUUAAAGGCGCGACAGUCGAAGACGAUCAGUGUCUCGAUUAUUACAAAAGUUUUGGGCAGACAGACGAUUACAUUAAAUAUGCUAACGAUGGGUCAGCAAGCUCCUGUUGCAGCUUGUUCGAUUAUAUGUAACGGUCAGGGACCAGUAAUAUCUGUACAACCUAAUUACCUGAAUUUCGGAGAGUCAGAGGUGCUUCGAAAGAAAAUCAUGAAUUUUCGUAUCAUUAAUGACUCGCCGAUAUCUGCACAAUUCAAGAUAACAAGUAAGAAAAAUUCGUCAUGGCUCGUUAAACCAUCUUCCGGCGAGGUUGGACCAAACGAAUCUGCAGAGAUUGAAGUUGAAAUAUUUCUACGCGAUGCUGGUAAAUACUCUGGCAACAUAAUCGUGCACAUUCUCAACAGUCGAUCGAUUUCUAUUAACGUGGUAGCGACAGGAACCGGUUGCAGCAUUAUUUUCGAACCACAGAUAUUUCCAAUAUUUAAUAUGGGUUUUCUCUUUAGUCAUCAAGAUCAGAGUCUGCCAAUAACUAUGAAAAAUCUCGGUACUCAUUCUUAUCAAAUAAUAUGGUCGAACGUGCCGGAAGUGCGUAUUCAAAGAAAUCAUUGUCGCUCAACCAGCAAGUUUCGAAUUGAACCAAAUUCUGUAGAGGUACCAGCCAGUGGUUCGAAUAUAGUUCAAUGUAAAAUACAUUGGAACGUACAAUCUUCAAUAUUAUUGAGAAACGUCUUUUCACAUUACAGAAACGAAGUCCUGACAGAAAAUUGGUACAUAUUCGGACAGAUUUACGGGAAAGGCAAACGGGAACUUGUAGGAAUGUCCACGUUUAAGGCUACUUUUACGAAGCCACAAAUCGCGUUCGAUAAGAGAGAAUUGACAUUUCGCAUCGAUAUGUAUCCCGAAGAAGACUCGCAAGAUACAGAAACUUUAAUUAUAUCACGCGAUAACAUUAUUAUAUUGAGUAAAAUAAUAAUAAUACCACCGAUUUCCUGGCUUUUAGACGAACUGGUCGUAACAAAUCAAUCACAGUUGAAUUUAAACGUCCAACUAUACGUGAAAUCUCCAUUUUAUUUGAUAAAAGACCAGGAAGUACUUGUAUGCAAAAGGAAAAUUGUCCUGAUGGGCGGGACCACCACGAUAAUUCCAGUAAAAUUCUUGCCCAAUGUAAAUCCCGAUAAUCCUUAUUCGAAAAGUUAUAGCGGUGUUCUCUGGUUCAAAUAUUACGAGCAUCCUAACAAGGACAAGAUUCGAUGUAGGGGUACCGUGAACUUUCCGAAUAUCACGUUGCUUUGUAAAGAUUUGAUAAUUAAUUGCAUUUCGGGCUCAAGCGCCGAGGAAACUUUGAGGAUGACUAAUAAUGGGCCAGUUCCUGCGAUGUACAAGUUUCUCUGGGCCGGAGAGAGCAUCGAUAUUCAACGUCAAGUGCACAAUGUUGGAGUAAAUUUGAAUAGAGAAAGUUCAGCAGUUCGUGAAAAUGGAAAUGGAACUACGAAAAUAUUUGCCGCAUCCACUUCAACAUUACGUGUACUGCAAAAAUCGAAGUUAGAUGAAUUGUUAGGAAAAAUUCAGUCAGAAACGCUGGACGAAACGCUUGAAAAAUUAAGAAGCACUUUUCCAUCGACGACCGAAAUGUGCUUGUCAUGCUUGAAGAAUCCAGAAAUUCUUGCUCUGAUGGAUCCCGAUUUCGAAUUGAAGGAGUUGCUUGAUGAUGUUCGUCUGCUUUUCUACUUACAUGUUAUCCAGAUACUUGAUAUCGUCCCGCACGAAGGAAUUCUCGUUCCAUACUCUUCGCAACGUGUGCGCUUCAUCUUCCGUGGUUCUGAACCCAUGCAAGUGAAAGCUGUUGCGCUCUGCGAGAUUUUUCAGGGACCUACUGAAGUAGUAAAUGUAUUCGCUAGUGCGGACAACGUUCGAUACUCCGUUGACAGGCAAAUUAUCGACUUCGGCCAAAAGUUGUUCGGCGAACAGUGUCAGUCGAGCUUUAUCUUGGAGAACCAUAGCGGAAUAUGCCUGAACUACGAGAUACACGAGAGGGAUUUAGAAUCCGACACAGAAAAAAGUGACUCCGCAAUCAGUGCGUUAACAGUCGAGCCGAAUAAGGGACUACUGGAUCCUUUAUCGUCAAUGAAAAUCAGGAUAGAGUUCCAACCGACAGUGCACGGCGCUUUCCAGAUUGAAUUCGAGCUACAGGUGGCUAAUGAAGAUCCGUUGAUCCUUAUUGCAAAAGGCGUCACGAGUUAUCCACAAAGUAUCCCCUGCGUCCCACGCGACGAUAUUUUUAAGCAACAUUCCGCAGAAUUAGGACAUCAGCGAUCCAAUUACUAACUUCGGAUUACAUCGCGAUGGUAUACAAAAUUCUACUUCGCAUCGAGAAUGCUCGCGAUUAUCCCGUGGAAUUGUCUUGGCAUCAGCUCGACAGGUGAUCGUCAUGACAUUAAAAUAAAUCGGGAAUCAGCCGGGUGGUCAUGAAGAAAGAGAAAAAUCAACAAGAAAGGACUCUACGCAUUUGCGGUGGGAAUUGCCACGUAAAAACAUCGCACUAUUUUCGAACUCCGCGAUAACAGCGUAAGGGCGAGGGUGCGAUAGGUGAAAUGGCGUGGAACGUACUUUACUGAAUAAACCGACGGCGUUGCAGUCUUUUUCUGGAGGAGGAGCGACUCGCCGAGGCUCUGACUCGUUACUACGGGGUUGAAGAAAUCCUAUUAUCAUCUCGAGAACUCGGCGAGAGAAUGCCGUCGUUUUUAAUGGAAUUCUAUAAUAGCCUCGUGAGUGAGUGAGAUGGCGUACGCCUUGUCAACGGAAGCAAUCGAAAAGGAAAGUGUCCCCGCACUGAACGAUAUAUACCCGUAUAAUUGCUGUUUGUCCACCUUGCAAAAAAAAGUAAAAAGAAUCAAAAGAAUUGAAGAAAUGCAAAUUUAGCUCUGUGAAGUUGGCACAGAUAUUAAUAUUCCUUUUCUCUGUUCCAUCUAAUCCUUUUUCUGUUAGAACAUAUUAGUAAUUAAACGUUCAUUUGCGGGGAACAUAUAUUCUAUAUCCUGAGAAACCGACGAUUAAGAUUGACAGAAAAUGUAUGCUUAUUAAUUAAAUCGUCUAUUACAUAAUAAAUAGCAAAGACAUGUACAUUUUUAUAAAAUUUCCAAAUGUUAGAAAAAUUAUGUUACUCUAUACCAGAUGUCUAUUCAAACAUUGUUGGCAAAUGUCGCAAGUCUCCGAGUAAAAAGGAUGCAGCCGCUCGCUGUCAUCACUUUGGUCACGCGCGCCGCACCAAGAGAGGUAAUUUUCAUCAUCCUUCGUGUCCGAAAUCGCUGCAACUGUAUUCAUCUAAAAUUACACAUUAAAAGUUACGCACAUAGAAUUACAUGCGAGAUAAAAAGCGCAAUAUAUUACUCAACCUGUUUAUUCUCCCAGAUAGCCAAGUCUGCCGAAAGCAGAUGAUGCUAACUAUCUGCUAUCAACUAUUGCCAGCCAAAAGA